ACACACACACACACACACACACACAUCAACCUUUUUUUUUAUACAUACAUAUUAAUUUUGUUCAAUAGACUUAAUGAAUUCCGAAUUUGAUGAUGUGUUGACCAAUCAACCUGUCGUGAUUGAUAAUGGAUCAGGUGUUAUCAAGGCAGGUUUUGCUGGUGAAGAACAACCCAAAUGUUUCUUUCCUUCCAUGGUGGGUCGACCAAAGCAUGUUCGUAUUAUGGCAGGUGCAGUAGAAGGAGACACUUUUAUCGGCAGAAAGGCACAAGAGUUGCGUGGAUUAUUAAAGAUUAGAUAUCCCAUCGAACAUGGUAUUGUGACUGAUUGGGAAGACAUGGAGCGUAUUUGGCAAUAUAUCUAUACCGACGAGCUCAAGACACUUUCCGAAGAGCAUCCUGUCUUGUUGACCGAGGCACCUUUGAAUCCUCGAGCCAAUCGAGAUGCUGCUGCACAAAUCUUUUUUGAAACUUUCAAUGUGCCUGCAUUGUUCACCUCAAUUCAAGCCGUAUUGAGUUUAUACUCUUCAGGUAGAACCACAGGUAUUGUUCUUGAUUCGGGUGAUGGUGUCACACAUGCAGUGCCCGUCUAUGAAGGUUUUGCUAUUCCACAUGCUAUCCGUCGAGUCGAUAUUGCUGGAAGAGAUGUGACCGAGUAUUUACAAUUAUUAUUAAGAAAGUCAGGCUAUAAUUUCCAUACGACAGCAGAAAAGGAGGUUGUGCGCAUCAUUAAAGAAAAGACGUGUUAUAUCGCAUUAAAUCCAGCAAAGGAAGAGAAAGAAAUGAGCGGUAAAUUUGAUGACUUUAUGUUGCCUGAUGGAAAUGUCAUCAAGCUUGGUGCCGAACGAUUCCGUGCGCCAGAAAUUUUGUUCCAACCUGAAUUGAUUGGUGAGGAAUACCCUGGAAUUCAUCAAGUGAUUGUAGAUUGUAUUAGUCGUGCAGAUCUUGAUUUGAGAAAGUCACUUUAUUCCAACGUUGUUUUAUCUGGUGGUUCUACGUUAUGUAAAGGCUUUGGUGAACGUCUUUUGAGUGAGAUUAAGAAGCUUGCAUUAAAGGAUAUCAAGAUCAAGAUUUAUGCCCCUCCUGAGCGUAAAUACAGUACAUGGAUUGGUGGUUCUAUCUUGGCUUCCCUCAGUACUUUCAAAAAGAUGUGGGUUUCUGCUGAAGAGUAUCAAGAAGAUCCCGAUAUCAUUCACAAAAAGACGUUUUAAAAUUUAUAAUAUUUAAACUUUUUUAUACCAAACCCCCCCUCACUCACCCGCUCCUAAAAUGAACACACAGUCACACAAUAAACAAUUUUUUUGUUUUUGGCUUCCCCAUCUUUCUCCCUU